AUGAACAUCUCUCAACGAGACCAGAACGCGAUUGCAUACUCGAAACACUCCGCCCUGCUGGAAGGCGAUGUUCUUGUACUCAUCAGAUACCCCAACAACCAACCCGUCUUCGAUCCUAGUGGCUUCCAACUGAGUACAACACAUCGAGUCCAUUCCGCUAAUCUCCUCGCGACUGGUUCCGCAAUCUUCAAGCACAAGCUCGAGGACGAGUGGCAGAAUCAUAGGGCCAUAAAGAGAGCUGGUCUUCUGAAUAACCUCCCCAGUGGUAUCAAGUAUGUCAUUGAUCUGACGCCACCAGAGGAGGGCGACGACGCUCUGGCACUUACUGCAGAUUUGUCGUGCUCUGCAGGCGUUCGUUAUUGGUUUACUGCCCAGUCACGUCUUGGUGUCGCGCAGAGCCUCGUUGCUGGCAAGGAUGAGACUAAUGUGCGUAACGGCCCCGUCAGUCCACCGACCUCUCCUACCAAAUCGAAUCCAAUCCUCCUCCAUGGCGACGCCCAAGUGUCCGAGUUAUCGACUGGGGCUACAUCCAUUAUCAACAGCGAGACGACGGGCAGUCAAUAUCGGGGAAUCAUACCUGACAAUGGACGGAUUGCGUUCAGUGCCAUGUUUGAUCUCCCUGCCAACCCGGAGCACGGCGACGAGGGACCCACAAUCAAGAAGGAGGUUUCCUUCAACAAAGAGGUCACGGAGGUCACCGAACUACUUGACGAAAAGAUGGCUAUUCAACAACUUGGCGAGGAGAUCUUGGAUUACUGUCCCAUACGCCACCGGGCGGGGAUUGAGCGCCUUCUUCAAGUGAUUGAGGGCAAGGACCCGCGUUUGGACUCAGCUCCGAAGGUCUGGACCUUGGCGGUGUUGGGGAAGUACUUUGAUUGUGCAUCAACUGUGACGGACUACGUCGUUAGAUGGACUGUCGCCGAGCCCAAUUGUCGAUUCAUGGAAGUGCUUCCUGAGGCCGCCCUCAAGCUUGGCAUGAUGUUGCAAAACCAUACCUUGACGCGCGCUGGCUUUGCCGUUUUGGUCUCUGAGGAAGCACUUCGCGUUGGUGCUGAGAAGUACGUUGAGGACAUCUCCAUCAAGCACAAGAGACACAAAGUAAACAACAAGGGUCUCACUCGUUUUGGUCGAGCUUGUGAGGACUUAGAUGAAGACGUCUCUAACUUGAUCCAACACGCUGGGCGCAGUUUUAGCGCGCGGAUUGAGUUGAAAUUGAGCAAACUUCUCGAGAAGCAGAUGGAGUGGCUUGGAGAGUUGCCGGAAUUCGCCAAGCUGCUCACGUUCCAGCAACACGUCGACACCUUGGUUGGCUCUACUAAGAGCGCCUCUCCGGGUUUCAUUCUCAUUGAUCAGAAGCGAAGCGUCGAUGCACUAGUCAGUUCUCUACGUGAUUAUGUUCGGGGCAGAAUUGUGUACCGUCUUCUCGACAACCUCUCGUAUCAACAAUCCAAGGACGGCACAGACCAUCGCAUUGCCGAACGUUGGCAACACCCUGAUCAACUGGGAGGACAAUGCUUUGUUCACGACUAUAUUUACAACACGCUUUCGGAUCAUGAACGCAUGGUCACCCGAGGAUUCUGGGAGAUGAUGCGAGCCAUGGCGUGGGACACCAACCAGCCUACCAACGAGCUUCUAGACCAGUUACAGAGCAACAACGCUUACUAUUCGCGGAAUCUCGAGAUUGCCAAGAAGUAUGGCGUUGAAUACGUCCGCAUGCGCCACCUGGAGGAUCGUACGAGAGAGGUCAACACGGCUAUGAGGGACACAACUCUGCACUCCAGCUUCCACCUUGGCCAAAAUACUGCUCCUGCCACGUCCAAGUCAGCCUUUAUGGCUCCCCCAACCGUCAGCGAGAUGGCGGAACGAAUGUCCCAGCCUAGACAAGAACCCGAUAUCCCCAACCCCACGUUAGACGAUUGGUAUGAGGCUGAAGACCGUGUCAAUAGUGGAGGUUCGCACUGGACUGCCUCGUACUGGGAACAUGAAGUCAUGGCGAAGGAUACCACUUUCGGCGUCCCGCGGUUCUCUCUCUACGAGUUUCUGAAGGAGGUCAAGGGGCAUAUCACAUCAAUCUGUAGCACUAUGUUAGGCCGAGGUGAACAUGAUUGGUCGGUUCUUUGCGAUACUCUUCUUUGCCUUUCCGACGAGGAGUACAAGUACCUUCCUCUGUGGGCUGGAGGUAUGAACGAUGGUUCUGGAGGUGUUUUCGAACAGGAGAUUCCGCCCGCUGAGAAGGGCCCGAUUGGACCUGGUCCUGCAUUUCAUACCGGCUCGACCGCGAACUCUAUGGCGAGUGAGUUUGAGUUCGACGGCGGUGGCUCUGCUCUGGACAGCAAUACCAUGGAAGGAAUCGAGACCAGUUUGGGCGUCGAAGAUGGCUUCAGUGACCAUUUGGAUCGACGCGUAGUGUAUUCUGAAGCUGACUUCCCCAUGGAUCAUGGUGCGCUCGCGCUUCAAACUCGGGAUGAUGGAGGACAAGCUUCUGCCGGUGCAAUGGCUGCUGCCCAACCUGCCGCUACGGUUCAAGAACCACCUGGACAGCUGGUCGAAGCUCCAUCCGUUACCUCAGCCAGUCAGAUCGACCGUGACGACUUUUUCAACGUCCAGGAUGAUGAAGAGGGUGAUUUCGAGAUGGAAUCAGAUUCGGAAGGAACGGUCACCGAGGACUAA